ACCAGGUCGAAUUCUGAUCUUUCGCUCCUUCUGAUCUCUGCUCCUCUUCUGAUAAACCCCAAAUCAUGGCGGAUUCUUCGGGGACGACGCUGAUGGAUCUGAUCACGUCGGACCAACCGUCGUCGACAGUGCCGUCGUCGGCGGCUUCAACUACUGCUUCCUCGACAGCACCGCCGCCCCAAACUACGACAGCAAAUAUUGGGGCGCCGAUUCCGGUGGUGGUGGAUAAGAAAUCGAAGAAAGGAACGUUAAUGCAGAUCCAAAGCGAUACGAUUUCCGCUGCCAAAGCUGCUCUUAACCCUGUCAGAGCUAACAUUAUGCCGCAAAAGCAAAAGAAAAGGCCUGUUUCUUAUGCACAAUUGGCGAGGAGCAUUCAUGAAUUAGCAGCGGCCUCUGAUCAAAAAAGUUCCCAGAGGCAAUUGGUCCAUCAUGUGUUUCCCAAACUGGCUGUCUACAACUCUGUUGAUCCAUCUUUGGCACCAUCUCUUCUCAUGCUUGAUCAGCAGUGUGAGGAUAGGACUGUUCUGCGUUAUGUUUAUUAUUACUUGGCCAGAAUUCUUUCAGACACUGGUUCACAAGGUUUGAGUCCAGGCGGUGGGAUUCCUACUCCUAAUUGGGAUGCUUUAGCUGACAUUGAUGCUGUAGGCGGAGUGACACGAGCUGAUGUUGUACCUAGAAUUGUAGAUCGGCUAACCUCUGAGGCCUUAAAUGAAGAUGUUGAAUUUCAUCCACGAAGGCUCCAAGCAUUGAAGGCUCUGACAUAUGCUCCUUCCAGCAGCUCUGAAAUCUUGACCAAGUUGUAUGAGAUUGUGUUUAGCAUUCUAGAUAAGGUUGCUGACCCUCAAAAACGCAAGAAAGGCAUCUUUGGGGCAAAAGGAGGCGACAAAGAGGUAUCUAUCAUUCGAAGUAACUUGCAAUAUGCUGCCAUAAGUGCUUUGAGAAGACUUCCUCUUGAUCCAGGAAAUCCAGCAUUUCUUCAUCGUGCUGUACAAGGAGUUUCAUUUGCUGAUCCAGUAGCUGUUAGGCAUUCUUUGGAAAUUCUAUCUGAACUAGGCACAAGCGAUCCAUAUGCUGUUGCAAUGGCGUUGGGAAAGGUUGUGCAACCUGGUGGGGCUCUGCAUGAUGUUCUUCAUUUGCAUGACGUUCUUGCAAGAGUUGCAUUAGCCAGGUUGUGCCAUACGAUUUCUAGAGCUCGAUCACUAGAUGAUCGGCCAGAUAUUAGGUCUCAGUUUAGUUCCGUGCUCUAUCAGCUCCUCCUUGACCCCAGUGAAAGAGUUUGUUUUGAGGCUAUCCUCUGUGUAUUAGGAAAGCUGGAUAAUGCAGAGAGGACUGAGGAACGAGCUGUUGGAUGGUAUCGUCUGACAAGAGAGAUUCUUAAGCUUCCUGAAGCACCUUCUGUGAAAGAGACAAAGGCUGAUUCUAAAGAUGCUGCUCCUGCAAAGAGCUCUAAAGAAAAAUCUUCAAAGACAAAGCGGCCUCAACCGCUCAUAAAACUUGUAAUGAGGAGGUUGGAGAGUUCUUUCCGUAGUUUCUCUCGUCCUGUACUUCAUGCUGCAGCUAGGGUUGUGCAGGAAAUGGGGAAAAGCCGUGCUGCAGCUUUUGCUGUUGGUUUACAGGAUAUAGAUGAAGGAGUUCACAUUAAUUCAUUCUCUGAAAGUAGUGAUUCAUAUGAUCAAGAUCUGAAUGAGACAUCUGAGGGUCUUCGUCGCGUUUCCUCGGUAUCUAAUGGAACAAGUGGCAAGGACACAAUUGCAGGCCUAUUAGCUUCCCUGAUGGAGGUGGUACGAACAACUGUUGCAUGUGAAUGUGUUUAUGUUCGUGCUAUGGUAAUAAAAGCUCUCAUAUGGAUGCAAAGUCCACAUGAAUCAUUUGGUGAACUAGAAUCCAUCAUUGCAUCCGAGCUCUCUGAUCCAUCUUGGCCAGCAACAUUACUAAAUGAUAUAUUGCUUACAUUGCACGCUCGUUUUAAGGCUACACCAGAUAUGGCUGUUACUCUUCUUGAAAUUGCAAGGGUUUUUGCUACCAAAGUUCCUGGGAAGAUCGAUGCUGAUGUUCUGCAACUACUGUGGAAAACUUGUCUUGUUGGAGCUGGCCCUGAUGGAAAGCACACAGCUCUCGAGGCAGUCACAAUAGUGCUAGAUUUACCACCUCCACAGCCUGGCUCAAUGUCUGAGCUUACCUCAAUUGACAGGGUAUCAGCAUCCGAUCCAAAAUCUGCUUUGGCUUUGCAGCGUUUAGUCCAAGCAGCGGUUUGGUUCCUUGGGGAGAAUGCAAAUUAUGCUGCCUCUGAGUAUGCUUGGGAAUCAGCUACACCUCCUGGUACUGCAUUAAUGAUGUUGGAUGCGGAUAAAAUGGUUGCUGCUGCAAGUUCUCGCAAUCCAACUCUUGCUGGUGCUCUAACUCGGCUCCAAAGAUGCGCUUUCAGUGGUAGCUGGGAGGUUCGUAUUAUUGCUGCUCAGGCUCUUACAACUAUGGCAAUUAGAUCUGGCGAGCCUUACAGGCUGCAAAUCUAUGAAUUUUUACAUACCUUAGAACAGGGUGGUCUGCAGUCUCAACUUGCAGAUAUGCAUGUUAGUAAUGGAGAAGAUCAAGGAGCUAGUGGUACUGGCCUUGGAUCUUUAAUAAGUCCUAUGAUAAAAGUCCUUGACGAAAUGUAUGGUGCACAAGAUGAGCUGAUAAAGGAGAUGCGGAAUCAUGACAAUGCCAAAAAGGAGUGGACAGAUGAUGAACUUAAGAAACUAUAUGAAACUCAUGAGAGACUGUUAGAUCUUGUUUCACUGUUUUGUUAUGUACCAAGAGCCAAAUAUCUUCCUUUGGGGCCGACAAGUGCAAAACUCAUUGACAUUUACCGCACUCGGCAUAAUAUAAGUGCAUCAACCGGCCUCAGUGACCCAGCUGUUGCCACUGGCAUUUCUGAUCUUAUCUAUGAAACAGCCAAACCAACGCCUGCUGAGCCUGACACACUUGAUGAUGACCUUGUAAAUGCAUGGGCUGCAAACCUUGGUGAUGAUGGCUUGUUGGGAAGUAAUGCUCCUGCAAUGAGUAGGGUAAAUGAAUUCCUUUCUGGUGCUGGUACCGAUGCUCCUGACGUUGAGGAGAAUAUUACUUCUAGACCUUCCAUGAGUUACGACGAUAUGUGGGCAAAGACUCUUUUAGAGACCACAGAAAUGGAGGAAGAUACAAGGUCUUCUGGUUCUUCUUCCCCUGACUCGGUUGGAUCAGUUGAGACAUCGAUAUCAUCUCAUUUUGGUGGAAUGAACUAUCCAUCGCUGUUCAGUUCGAAGCCCUCCACUUAUGGUUCUUCUCAGUCCACGGAGAGGGCUGGUGGAAGCAGAUUUAGCCAUCCUUCCUUUGGAGGAAACUCAUAUGAGGGUUUUAAUUCCCCGAUAAGAGAAGAGCCUCCCCCAUAUUCAUCUCCUACCCAUCAAAGAUACGAGUCAUUUGAGAACCCCUUAGCUGGUCCUGGCUCACAAAGUUUUGGAUCCCAUGAUGAUGAGCGACUCUCUUCCACAAAUCGACAACAUGGCACAGCUCUUUAUGACUUUACUGCUGGUGGUGAUGAUGAGCUGAAUCUGACGGCAGGAGAAGAGGUUGAAAUUGAAUAUGAAGUAGAUGGCUGGUUUUAUGUGAAGAAAAAACGCCCUGGGAGGGACGGUAAAAUGGCUGGGCUUGUCCCUGUACUGUAUGUCAGUCAGUCCUGAGUAAAGAUAUUUAUAGUUAGGUGGUAUCCUCUCACCUUGCUAGAUUUGGAUGGCCUUGCAAAAUAUCAUUCGAUCGAUGGACGUAUAAAGGGAUGUACAAGGAGCAAAAGGCUUUUGGGCAAAUUCGCCUCGGGUAUGCGCAAAAUGGCUUUCUCCUUGGUUGUAACUUCUAGCUAUGUGCUUUCAAUCGGCAGUCUGGUCUUUUUAAAAGAGAGGAGUUUAUAUGGAAAUAUUGGCUGGUCUCUUUGGGGGCGGUUAUCAUAUUUUGUUGUUGUGAUUGUUUGCUUGUACCAUAUUCAUUUUGGGUUGGCUUCCUAGUGUUUUAGCAAUCGUGUUGCCACGAUUCAUUUUAGAUCAGUUUUGGCAUAGUAUUUUGCUUUUCUUGGCUGUAAAUUUAUAUAGACGUGUUAUUCAUUUAUAGUCAAUUGAUCUUUGUGUAUUCGAACCUGCUGAACAAUGUUGUGCUUUUCCGAGUAAAUUAGGUUGGCCAUUGUGGAAAGCAGGGAAAAAAAAAAAACCGAAAUAGCUGUUUCUACUA